AUAAAAUUUCUAAUAAAAGAAAGCAAGACAUAGCGAGCGAUUAUUACCUUAACGUAGUGAGUAGAAGAUGUGUAUAGUGUUUGUGUGCGGCGAGGAUGAAAGGGUGGUGUCGAGGCAACCAGCACCGGGAGCGUGUCCUUACUGCGGAGGGCUGAUACAGGCUGUUGAUGUAGAGAGCCACUGGAAUUUCUGUUUCCUCCCUUUAUACGUUAAGACCAAGCGAAGGUACUACUGUACCAUCUGCAACAGCCGACUCAUCCUCCAGUAGGUCCUCAUCAUCAUCGCUCUACCCACCUCCCCUGCCCCAUCGACGAUUCCAACCAAAAACAUC